UGCGUCACAGAAGGUGAUGCAACAGAAGAGCCUGAGGCAUCUCAAGGUUUGUUCACUCGGUUUCCUCCUCGAAGGACAACCACCUGAGAAGUAAGAAGACAAAACCCAAACCAACACAAAGCGCAUUAUGGAUCGCAUCAUGUUUUCCAUCAAGUAGCAAAGAGACAGCGGACGGUAUCCCAUCUACCAGCAAUUUGUUCCUCGUGGGGAAAAUGAGUGGAAGACCCAGGUCGAGGUGGAGCGCCUGGCUCUUCAGGGCUCCUUCUGAGGAAGCCAGCAGCAGCCCAGGCAGGAGCACUGUGCUCUCCGAGCAGGAAAACCCUGACGCCAGCGGGUACAUACUUGCAGGGGGGAUUCAGUUAACUCGAUCAUGGAAGACUGUCACGAGUGUGGUGUUUAUACUGACAUUUCUUCUUCUAGGAUUUAGAAAUCACAUGAGGCUUAAAGAAAAAGAGUUUCCUCAAAAAUCCAGACAAUUUUAUGCUGUAAUUGCAGAAUAUGGUUCACAGCUUUACAAUUACCAGGCCAGGCUUCGAAUGCCAAAAGAGCAACUGGAACUUUUAAAGAAGGAAAGCCAGAUGUUGGAAAACAACUUACGUGAAAUUCUAUUUUUAAUUGAAGAAAUAGAUGUUCUGAAGGCCUUACUUAGAGAUAUACGGGAUGGUCUGCACAGUUACAGCUGGACUGCAGAUGGAGACUCCGCUGAAGGCUGGGACCACACUGAAGUUGUGGACGAGGAAAUGUCAAACUUGGUAAAUUAUGUACUUAAAAAGUUGAGAGGAGAUCAAGUCCAGAUGGCCGAUUACGCCCUUAAGUCUGCAGGAGCCUCUGUUCUUGAAGCUGGGACCUCAGAAAGUUACAAAGAUAAUAAAGCAAAACUCUACUGGCAUGGGAUUGGGUUCUUAAAUUAUGAAAUGCCUCCAGAUAUCAUUCUCCAGCCGGAUGUCCACCCUGGGAAGUGCUGGGCCUUUCCAGGUUCCCAGGGUCAUGCCCUAAUCAAGCUUGCCAGGAAGAUCAUACCAACUGCUGUCACCAUGGAGCACAUCUCAGAGAAGGUGUCUCCCUCAGGAAACAUCUCCAGCGCACCCAAGGAAUUUUCUGUCUAUGGUGUCUCGAAACAAUGUGAAGGAGAAGAAAUUUUCCUAGGUCAGUUUAUAUAUAAUAAAACAGGAACCACAGUUCAAACAUUUGCGCUCCAGCAUGAAGUUUCUGAAUUCUUAUUAUGUAUGAAACUUAAAAUCCUUAGCAAUUGGGGACACCCGAAGUAUACUUGUUUAUAUAGAUUCAGGGUUCAUGGCACCCCAAGAGAUGACACCUAGAAGAACUGGUGCAGAAGCCCAUGACCACAUGUCCAAAAUAUUCAAGUGAUUCCCUUAGUUUACACCACACCUAUAGGAAUCAAAAAUCAGAAGUGAGAAAGAAACCUCCAAGUGGUUCCUACCUGCCAGUAAAAAGUGAAUGAAUUUUACUAAUAAAAAAAUAAAAAAGUAAAUUCAAUCUCUCUGCAU